CAUGGAAAACGUCGGUAUACGAUCGGGGAAAUCAUUCGAAAUUGCAUAUCCAAUUGUUGCAACCGCUCACGAAGAAUAGAAUAAUCGUAAUUAGAUUAUAUCCUUUUUGGCUCUUAUUGAGAAGCUUUAUACGUAUAUAAAAACGUCAUCGGCGGGUUAUUCUUGUUUUUUCUUUUAGUCUCGUUGUCUGUUUUUCUUUUUUGGUAUAAAAGUAAAAUUGCAAGUGAAUAUUGCAUUUUGUAUUUAACGCGCAACUGCAGCAGAAAGGAUUGUCAUCAACAGCUUUUUACGAGAGGAUAAUAUUGGAUUACUUACUUAAACAACAAUUUUUGGAAUAGUCAAAACUUUAUUUUCUUAAAAGAUCUUCAAUUCAAUUUUGGAUAGCAACAUAUAACAUUCAAAGACUUCGCUCGCAUCUAGUGUUUUAAUAUUUAAAAUUAUAAUCAUCAGCAAAAGGACUCCACCGAAACUAAAAAAAAAAUACGUGUUUUUUUUUCAAAGGAUACCUACACCGAUCUACAGAACGGGGGCAACGCAAAACAAAAAAAGGAAAAUAAAUUUUAAUCUAAUAAACGGAUCACUGUGAAAAUCAUUUUAUACCUCAUUACUCUUUAAAUUGUAUAGAAAGUAUAUAAAUUGUAUAGAAAGUACUUAAGUGUUCAAAUUUAAUUUAUUUAAAUUAUAAAUCGCAUUUUAUCUGUGUGUAAGUGUGUGUGUGUGUGCGGAUGUAUAUAUAUGAGUAAAACUUAGCUUCAAGCAAAACAAAUCACAUUUAAUUCGCAAAAAAACACGCAUAAUCCCACAGAAAAAAAAACAAACAACAACCAACAUAGUCAAAAACAAUCCCUCUUCUAAAGUAAUUUAAACAAAAAAACAAAAAAAAAAAUCUUCAAAAUGACGAUGAGUACAAAUAAUUGUGAAAGUAUGACAUCAUACUUUACCAAUUCUUAUAUGGGGGCCGACAUGCACGGCCAUUACCCCACCAAUGGGGUAACCGAUCUCGAUGGCCAACAAAUGCAUCAUUAUAGUCAAAAUCCAAACCAUCAGGGCAAUUUGCCAUAUCCAAGGUUUCCACCCUACGAUCGAAUGGCAUAUUAUAAUGGUGGCGGUCAAGGUAUGGAACAUCAGGGUUAUUCACGGCCGGAUAGUCCAUCGAGUCAGGCUAGUGGUUGUUUGACACAAACACAAGCCAAUGGCGGACAAAUUGUACCCCAAAAUCAACCGCACACACAAUCACAACCUCCGCAGCAUCCGCAACAACAACAACCUGUGGUUUAUGCGAGUUGUAAGUUACAAGCGGCAGUUGGUGGAGGUUUGGGGAUGGGACCGGAAGGUGGAUCACCACCACUGGAAAUGGCCCAACAUCAUAUAAAUACACAAAUGACAAUACCUCAUCAUAUGGGCCAUCCACAAGCGCAGUUGGGUUACAAUGAGGUCGGAGUUCCUGAUGUUGUUCCUGAGGUGCAUCAAAAUCAUCAUAAUAUGGGAAUGUACCAACAAACGACAGGUGUACCACCUGUCGGUGCGCCACCACAACAAAUGAUGCACCAGCAACCGCCACAAAUGCACCAAGGCGGUCAGGGACAACAACCGCCAACGCAAAAUCCAAAUACACAAUCGUCAAUGCCUUCACCUUUAUAUCCAUGGAUGAGAAGUCAAUUUGGCGGUGGCGCAUGUGGAGAACGAAAACGUGGCCGACAAACCUACACCCGAUACCAAACGCUCGAAUUGGAAAAAGAAUUCCAUUUCAAUCGAUAUCUGACGCGACGAAGAAGAAUUGAAAUCGCUCACGCCUUAUGCUUAACCGAAAGACAAAUAAAAAUCUGGUUCCAAAAUCGUCGAAUGAAAUGGAAAAAGGAAAACAAAACAAAGGGUGAACCUGGUUCUGGUGAUAAUGCUGACGAUAUAACACCACCACAAAGUCCACAAUAAACAAAAAAAAACUUUAAAUAAAAUUAACAAAAAAAAUUAAAUAAUAUGUUAUCAUAAUUGUGUAUUUACUUAACAAACAAACAACAACAAAAAAAUCUUUAAAUAUUUAUAAACAAAAAAC